GAUUGAUUCAUAUGACAGGUAAUAUAUUUUGGAUGAGCACUAGUCCCCCGAGACAUUUCUGUGAACAUUUUGCUGGAAGAGAGAAGAACAGAAUUAAGAAUUAAACUAAGAAAACAUGGUUUAUAUCACGAUGAGGGCUUUGGUAGUCAUUCUGAUAUCUGCACUGGCAGUAACUGUGAUUGCAGAUUCAAGUUCCGAAUCAAACUCUAGGAGUGGAAGUUGGAGUGGUAAAAGUAAGCGACGGAGGCUGCGUACCAGAGCGCCAACGACGACUCAGCCUGCCACUGUCAUGACAACUGGAUUAAAGCCUACAACUCUCCAGGCAAUGGCGACAGCUAGCUCGACGCAAACAUUAACAACUCCCUCAGCAUGUGUUCAGACCUGCAUUGACAUGUGUUCAACGACCACGUUCGCAGCAACCACCACGAUUCCAAAUGAGGCAACAACCAAUCUGUCGACGGAUUUACAGUCUCAAACUACUCAAGGGGCUACAACUAACACACCGACAGCUGGUGCUUUGGUUACACAACCACCGACUGAAAGUCCAACAGAACUGUCAACGCAGGCUGGAUCAACAACAAUUCUACCAACUGAGGGAACAUCAAACCCGUCACCAGAAGCAACAAGUGAAACCCUAACCGAAUCCACACCCGAAUCUACGACAAAAUCAUCAACCAGUGAUGCAACGCCAGCAACAACCCAGGUAGCAACUGAUACUCCUACUCAAGUAUCAACCAAUGCUGCCACUCAAGCCUCAACAAACGCUCCCACUCAAGCAACAACCAAUGCUCCCACUCAAGCAGCAACCAAUGCUCCUACUCAAGCAACAACAAAUGCUCCUACUCAAGCAACAACAAAUGCUCCUACUCAAGCAACAACAAAUGCUCCCACUCUAGCAACAACCAAUGCUCCCACUCAAGCAACAACCAAUGCUCCCACUCAAGCAACAACCAAUGCUCCCACUCAGGCAACAACCAAUGCUCCUACUCAAGCAACAACGAAUGUUCCUACUAAAGCAACAACCAAUGCUCCUACUCAAGCAACAACCAAUGCUCCCACUCAAGCAUCAACAAAUGCUCCCACUCAAGCAACAACCAUUGCUCCUACUGAAACAUCAACCAAUGCUCCCACUCAAGCAACAACCAAUGCUCCUACUCAAGCAACAACCGUUGCUCCUACUCAAGUAACAACUUCAAAUGUUAUUUCCAUUACACCUCUGACUGAAAUUGUAACAAAUGCAGCUGUCCUAACGACGACUGUUCCAGUGGAAUUAACGACCAUUACCGAGACUACUGAGACGAAAUUAUCGACAAAGGCCCCUCAAGAAACAACAACAUCUGCUCUCACUCAAGCAACAACCAAUGCUCCUACUGAAGCAUCAACCAAUGCUCCCACUCAAGCCUCAACAAACGCCCCCACUCAAGCAACAACCAAUACUCCUACUCAAGCAACAACCAAUGCUCCCACUCAGGCCUCAACAAAUGCUCCUACUCAAGCCUCAACAAACGCCCCCACUCAAGCCUCAACAAAUGCUCCUACUCAAGCAACAACCAAUGCUCCUACUCAAGCAAUAACCAAUGCUCCUACUCAAGCAACAACCAAUGCUCCCACUCAAGCAACAACCAAUGCUCCUACUCAAGCAACAACCAAUGCUCCCACCCAAGCAACAACCAAUGCUCCUACUCAAGCAACAACCAAUGCUCCUACUCAAGCAACAACCAAUGCUCCUACUCAAGCAACAACCAGUGCUCCUACUCAAGCAACAUCUAAUGCUCCCACCCAAGCAGCAACCAAUGCUCCUACUCAAGCAACAACCAAUGCUCCUACUCAAGCAACAACCAAUGCUCCUACUCAAGCAACAACCAAUACUCCCACUCAAGCAACAACAAAUGCUCCUACUCAAGCAACAACAAAUGCUCCUACUCAACCAACAACCAAUGCUCCUACUCAAGGAACAACAAAUGCUCCUACUCAAGCAACAACCAAUGCUCCCACUCAAGCAACAACCAAUGCUCCUACUCAAGCAACAACCAAUGCUCCUACUCAAGUAACAACUUCAAAUGUUAUUUCCAUUACACCUCUGACUGACAUUGUAACAAAUGCAGCUGUCCUAACGACGACUGUUCCGGUGGAAUUAACGACCAUUACCGAGACUACGGAGACGAAAUUAUCAACAAAGGCCCCUCAAGAAACAACAACAUCUGCUCUUACUCAAGCAUCAACCAAUGCUCCCACUCAAGCCUCAACAAACGCCCCCACUCAAGCAACAACGAAUGCUCCUACUCAAGGAACAACAAAUGCUCCUACUCAAGCAACAACCAAUGCUCCCACUCAAGCAACAACCAAUGCUCCUACUCAAGCAACAACCAAUGCUCCUACUCAAGUAACAACUUCAAAUGUUAUUUCCAUUACACCUCUGACUGACAUUGUAACAAAUGCAGCUGUCCUAACGACGACUGUUCCGGUGGAAUUAACGACCAUUACCGAGACUACGGAGACGAAAUUAUCAACAAAGGCCCCUCAAGAAACAACAACAUCUGCUCUCACUCAAGCAACAACCAAUGCUCCUACUGAAGCAUCAACCAAUGCUCCCACUCAAGCCUCAACAAACGCCCCCACUCAAGCAACAACGAAUGCUCCUACUCAAGCAACAACCAAUGCUCCUACUCAAGGAACAACCAAUGCUCCUACUCAAGCAACAACCAAUGCUCCUACUCAAGCAACAACCAAUGCUCCCACUCAAGCAACAACCAAUGCUCCUACUCAAGCAACAACCAAUGCUCCCACUCAAGCAACAACAAAUGCUCCUACUCAAGCAACAACAAAUGCUCCUACUCAACCAACAACCAAUGCUCCUACUCAAGGAACAACAAAUGCUUCUACUCAAGCAACAACCAAUGCUCCCACUCAAGCAACAACCAAUGCUCCUACUCAAGCAACAACCAAUGCUCCUACUCAAGUAACAACUUCAAAUGUUAUUUCCAUUACACCUCUGACUGACAUUGUAACAAAUGCAGCUGUCCUAACGACGACUGUUCCGGUGGAAUUAACGACCAUUACCGAGACUACGGAGACGAAAUUAUCAACAAAGGCCCCUCAAGAAACAACAACAUCUGCUCUCACUCAAGCAACAACCAAUGCUCCUACUGAAGCAUCAACCAAUGCUCCUACUGAAGCAUCAACCAAUGCUCCCACUCAAGCCUCAACAAACGCCCCCACUCAAGCAACAACGAAUGCUCCUACUCAAGCAACAACCAAUGCUCCCACUCAGGCCUCAACAAAUGCUCCUACUCAAGCAACAACCAAUGCUCCUACUCAAGCAACAACCGAUGCUCCUACUCAAGCAACAACCAAUGCUCCUACUCAAGCAACAACCAAUGCUCCUACUCAAGCAACAACCAAUGCUCCUACUCAAGCAACAACCAAUGCUCCGACUCAAGCAACAACCAAUGCUCCUACUCAAGCAAUAACCAAUGCUCCCACCCAAGCAACAACCAAUGCUCCUACUCAAGCAACAACCAAUGCUCCUACUCAAGCAACAACCAAUGCUCCUACUCAAGCAACAUCUAUUGCUCCCACCCAAGCAACAACCAAUGCUCCUAAUCAAGCAACAACCAAUGCUCCCACACAAGCAACAACAAAUGCUCCUACUCAAGCAUCAACUAUUGCUCCUACUCAAACAUCAACCAAUGCUCCUACUCAAGCAACAACCAAUGCUCCCACUCAAGCAUCAACCAAUGCUCCCACUCAAGCAACAACCAAUGCUCCUACUCAAACAUCGACCAAUGCUCCCACUCAAGCAACAACCAAUGCUCCUACUCAAGCAACAACCAAUGCUCCUACUCAAGUAACAACUUCAAAUGUUAUUUCCAUUACACCUCUGACUGACAUUGUAACAAAUGCAGCUGUCCUAACGACGACUGUUCCAGUGGAAUUAACGACCAUUACCGAGACUACUGAGACGAAAUUAUCAACAAAGGCCCCACAAGAAACAACAACAUCUGCUCUCACUCAAGCAACACCCAAUGCUCCUACUGAGGCAACAACCAAUGCUCCUACUCAAGCAACAACCAAUGCUCCUACUCAAGCAACAACCAAUGCUCCCACUCAAGCAACAACCAAUGCUCCUACUCAAGCAACAACCAAUGCUCCCACCCAAGCAACAACCAAUGCUCCUACUCAAGCAACAACCAAUGCUCCUACUCAAGCAACAACCAAUGCUCCUACUCAAGCAACAACCAAUGCUCCUACUCAAGCAACAACCAAUGCUCCCACCCAAGCAACAACCAAUGCUCCUACUCAAGCAACAACCAAUGCUCCUACUCAAGCAACAACCAAUGCUCCUACUCAAGCAACAACCAAUGCUCCUACUCAAGCAACAACCAAUGCUCCUACUCAAGCAACAACCAAUGCUCCUAAUCAAGCAACAACCAAUGCUCCCACCCAAGCAACAACCAAUGCUCCUACUCAAGCAUCAACUAAUGCUCCUACUCAAACAUCAACCAAUGCUCCUACUCAAGCAACAACCAAUGCUCCCACUCAAACAUCAACCAAUGCUCCUCCUCAAGCAACAACCAAUGCUCCCACUCAAGCAUCAACCAAUGCUCCCACUCAAGCAACAACCAAUGCUCCUACUCAAGUAACAACUUCAAAUGUUAUUUCCAUUACACCUCUGACUGACAUUGUAACAAAUGCAGCUGUCCUAACGACGACUGUUCCAGUGGAAUUAACGACCAUUACCGAGACUACUGAGACGAAAUUAUCAACAAAGGCCCCUCAAGAAACAACAACAUCUGCUCUCACUCAAGCAACAACCAAUGCUCCUACUGAAGCAUCAACCAAUGCUCCCACUCAAGCCUCAACAAACGCGCCCACUCAAGCAACAACCAAUACUCCUACUCAAGCAACAACCAAUGCUCCCACUCAGGCCUCAACAAAUGCUCCUACUCAAGCCUCAACAAACGCCCCCACUCAAGCCUCAACAAAUGCUCCUUCUCAUGCAACAACCAAUGCUCCUACUCAAGGAACAACCAAUGCUCCUACUCAAGCAACAACCAAUGCUCCCACUCUAGCAACAACCAAUGCUCCUACUCAAGCAACAACAAACGCUCCCACUCAAGCAACAACCAAUGCUCCUACUCAAGCAACAACCAAUGCGCUUACUCAAGCAACAACCAAUGCUCCUACUCAAGCAACAACAAACGCUCCCACUCAAGCAACGACCAAUGCUCCUACUCAAGCAACAACCAAUGCUCCUACUCAAGCAACAACAAACGCUCCCACGCAAGCAACGACCAAUGCUCCUACUCAAGCAACAACCAAUGCUCCUACUCAAGCAACAACUAUUGCUGCCAAUCAAGCAUCAACGAAUGCUCUUACUCAAGCAACAACAAUUGCUCCUACUCAAGCAACAACCAAUGCUCCUACUCAAGCAACAACCAAUGCUCCUACUCAAGCAACAACCAAUGCUCCUACUCAAGCAUCAACAAACGCUCCCACUCAAGCAACAACCAACGCUCCUACUCAAGCAACGACCAAUGCUGCUACUCAGGUGUCAACAAAUGCUCCCACUCAAGCAACAACAAGUGCUCCCACUCAAGCAACAACCAAUGCUCCCACUCAAGCAACAACCAAUGCUCCCACUCAAGCAACAACCAAUGCUCCUACUCAAGCUACAACCAAUGCUCCUACUCAAGCAACAACCAAUGCUCCCACUCAAACAAUAACCAAUGCUCCCACUCAAGCAACCACCGAUGCUCCUACCCAAGCGACAACCAAUGCUUUUACUGAGGUAACAACAAGUGCUCCCACCGAAACAACUACCAAUGCCCCUACUCAGGCAACCACUAAUACUCCAACCGAAGUAGUGACCACAGCAGUUCAAACUCAACCCAUUACAACCACCCCCGUUGUUUCAACCAGCAGCACAACUGUUGCACCAAUUGCCGUUAUCGAGGCAUGCGAAACGUCGUGCUCCCCUAACCAGGCACUUGAUACCUGUCGUCAAAUCUUCGAUGCUUUUGACAUGACUCUCUCUGCCUUGUUCUGUGAUGGCCUAGCUUCUGCCGCAGCAAGUGUCAUCUGCACGGCAUGCGCUCUUAGCAAUAUCGUUUAAUUCUCUAAGACAAUGGCGGUACCAAGAUGGAAGGGACCAUACAAAAGAAGAUGAUUCUCCAUUUAGAACAUUGCUCCCUACCAAGCCCGCCCACCCUUUCCUAAAAUACAAACAUCAAUGAUUUGCAUUCAUGUCAUGUCGAGUUAUGAAUUAAUAUGAGUUAUGAUUUAAUUUUUAAGGUGUUUCACUGUCCACAACAUUUCUUUCCAUUUACUCCGCACUUUAAACUUCUGCUUUGUGCAGCCACACAGUAUUUCCUAUAUGACUUCGGUAGCUCCCUCUAGAAAUAAUGAAUGAAAAUAGAUAAAA